AUGGAGACGGAAGAAUUAACUAAACUCGUUGAUGGCAUCUACAAGAAUAUUCUGGAUAAAUUCAAUCCAGGCGCUCGUCAGAUGAUAACAGCUGGAAAAGCGUAUUUGAAGGCGUUGCAUGGAGCUGCAGCAGCAUCUCGAAUGUACGUGGACGCUGUCGGCAAGUUGGGACGCCAAGCACAGCAAGGCACUUGGGGAGGAUGUGCGGAUAUUGGAACUGCUUUGAUGAAGGUCGUAGAGGUAUACAGGGAAAUUCAAGAUCAACAAAUGAAUAUACUGAAAGCGUUCUAUGUGGACUUACUGGUACCCUUGGAAACUAAUCUCGAAAAGGAUACGAAAGUAGUACAGUCUGAGCAAAAGAGAUUUCUACAACAACACAAACUGCGUUCCGAAAGCUACAGUAAGGCAGCUGCGACAAUUAAAAAACAAAGAAAAAAGAAAACAAAUGCGACCAAAGUUGGUUCUGCUAUGGAUAAAGAAAUGAAGAGCAUGCAGAUACUGGAAGAAGAAAAAACCAAAUUGGACGCGUUCUGCGAACAGAGUUUGAAAAAUGCUAUGACCCAAGAACGACGUAGAUAUGGCUUUGUCCUGGAAAGGCAAUGCUCUCUGGCGAAGCAUUGGCUCGCAUAUCAUUCGGCUGGUGCUAACGCCUACAACACUGGUCUGGAAGAGUGGCUAGAAGUGUCAAGAACACGUGAAUACUUGCCUCCUAAUGUCGAGGCUAUGUUUGUCAGCAGGAUGAGGCAAGUUUCAUUCUGGGCUGAUGAAGACGUCUACGCGAGUCCACGGAAUGGUGAUGACGAUGAUCGUGCUUCAGUUGGUUCCGCUCUUCGUAAAACUAGAUCUGUCGACGCGUCAUGCUUAGACGUGCGUUCGAUCGCAGACUUAGGAUCGCCAAGUCAGGGAAUCUCAAGAGCCAAAUCCGAUUUGAAUUUGCAAGCGAGCUUACACGCUUCGGAACAAGACAAUGAUAUACGUACAAACACCCGGCCAACAUCACUUGCACCUCCAACGUGUACUUCCCGAGACCCACCUCUCGCCAGAGCUCUAUAUGCUUAUGCCGCAGCUGGAGAUAACCAGCUAAGUUUUCAACAAGGGGAUGUAUUGGCAUUGCUAGGAGACAGGACCAAGGGUUGGCAAUAUGGAGAAAAUUUGAGAACGCACAGCGCUGGCUGGUUCCCUUUGGCUUAUACGGAACCGAUAAUUAAUGAUGAAAUUAUUGGUAAUUCGCCAGCACGAUGGAGCUGUGCACAGACUCCGAGUGAGACGCCGCCGCCGGCGCCAGUCGCUCACACCCAAUUGUCCACCACGCCAUCAGGACACUCGCAUUCCCAUCCACCCACACGCAUGUUCGGCGACACGGUGACGGCGCAUCUCGUCGCCAAGGGUCGCCUCGCUCCUUCAUCGCCGGGACUUCCACCUACUUUACCCGCCCCCUCACCAAAUGCUCUGACUACAUCGGCAAGUGCUACUUUCCACUCCACGCCUUCUGGAGCGAGCAGUGCAAUCAAGAGCUCUACAUCAGCUGCUAAUUUCACUACACACGCUGUGAUUGAAACAAGAAGUUUUGGGCCACAAACCCUCCCAUUGCGAUCGCAGAUGACGCAAAAUAAAGCACCAGCAAAAACAGUAGUGUCAGCGGUUGGAGCAGUUGGCAAUGUGUCACUCCACAGCUCAAAUGACUCUGGUUUCUCGAAUGAGCCACCACCACAACCAGAUAUAGAUUACAGCGACGAAGAAGCUCAGCGUCUGCGUAUUCCCAUCAGUAAAUCUGCCCAACUAAACAAUGACAACAGAGCCUACUUAUUAAAAACACAAAGUUUGAAGCGCGGUCCCAGGCAGAGUACUGCGAAUAAUGGAUAUCUAACAGACGAUCAACAAUUGCUUUUACGUAACAUGUUAGACAUGGACAAGGAUUCUCAAAAAAUAAAAAGAACAAAGUCAUUUUGGAAAUUUGGUCGCACUACUUCCGAAGAAAUAAUGGAAGGAAUGUCCUUAUGGCAACAUCGCGAUAUUGUGGACACCGUACCGGAAUAUAAAAAGAAACUUUUUGUCAAGUUGAAAAAAGAACUAAGACCAGCGCCCGAUGUUCCAGAACCAAGAAAACAAGUUGGUACAGAAAAACCAACUCUUAAUGUAGAAAACGUUCAAAGACCACAAGAAACAAUCGAUAGAAAAGAUGUUAAGGUCAAUGGCAUGCGGCAGGCGCGUAGCCUAGGUUCUAUACAAGCGCAAGAAGAAAGAGUCGAAAAAACAAAGAGAAGCCAGGACAAUGGUUAUCAUCAAGCGCAAAUGAAUAAAAAAAGUAUGUCGGAAAAGUCCAUUGUCGAAGAAAAGCCAGAAGAGUUUGACCAAAGAAAUGAAUCAAGACAUUCAGAUCUGACAAACACAAGUACAAUUAAAACAAACUUCGAAAACAGCUUUUAUAACGAUGAAAAUGGUGAUGGUUUUGUUAUGAAAACCGUAAAACGUCGUGAAAUUCUACAAAAGUAUGACAACGAUAGCAGCUCCGAUGUAAAUUCUGUUGCUUCUAGUACUGAUCCUUAUGACUGCAUUAUUGUUGAUGAUCAUAUGACAUCAAAGAAGCAACAAGAAUUAGAUCGUCGUAGGCAAGCUCAAGUUAUGGAAAAAGAAAUAAAACUUAACAAAGAAAAUGCAUACAUGCCAGAGUUUGAUGAAAUCGAAAUAACUCCAAUAAAACCACACGUUAGAGCUACAUUAUCUUCUGAGAAAAAUAAAAAAACAUCACAUGACAGAUCCUCGCCUAAAACAAUGGAAUUUAAAACAUUCAAAGAUAAUUCAAAAGAAAUAAAAACAUUCUCAGCUUCAUCUGAAACGUUGAAAUACAAAGACAAUGAACAUCUUACUGAUCGCUAUGGAAUUCCUUUAGAAAGAAAUAAUAAUGAAAUUCGUCAAGAGGAAACAUACAACGGUCACGAUGACGGAACUUUAAAGUAUAAAAAACGUUCAAACGAAGAGAAGAACCGUCAACAAAAUAACUUUGAUAAUAUGAAAAAUAAUAAAGACUAUCCUAAAGCUGAAGUCAGAAAUCAAAAGAAAGAUAGCAGACAGUUUGAAUCGCGAGAACCGAGAAUCGAUUAUUCGCUAGAUAGGCGUCACAGUAAGAAAGAAUUUUCAGAAUCUAAAAAUCGCGAAGUGAGAUCGCGAAGCAGGAUCAUCAGAAGUUACGAUGACAGUUCAUUACAAUAUAAUGGAAGAAAAGAGGAAAGGUAUUACGACACCAAUAUAUCGUAUUUCAGUGACCAGGAGAGGCGUGCAUCUAAAUACGACUACGAAACGGAUUCCAAAAAAGCAGAGAAAUCAAAAAUGAGACAGGAGGAAGCGCGACUAGAAAGCAGGAGAUUCGCCGACCAAAGAAACGAGAGCCAAUAUAGUGAGUCGGAUGAUCAGAAAUUUAACGAAGCCUUGAAACAACAAAGGCCGCAGUUAUUACCCAGAACAAAGUUACUUAAACGCCCCACGGAAGGGCCCGAAUUACCUGAAGACGGUCAUACGUUUGGACCGUGGUACGAUUUAUGGGGUCGAGAAACUGCCAUGUACAAGUAA